UCAGUUCUGGUCUUCACAGUUCAAGAAGGACAAGGAGCUACUGGAGAGAGCCCAGCAGAGGCCCAAAUGAUUGAGGAAGUGGAGCAUCUCUCCUGUGAGGAGACACUGCAGGAGCUGGGCCUGGUUAGUCUGGAGAAGGCUGAGAGGGGGUCUCAUUAAUGCCUGUAAAUAUCUUAAAGGCAGGUGCCAAGAGGAUGGUUUCAGACUCUUUUCAGUGGUGCCCAGGGACAGGACAAGGAGCAAUGGCCAUAAACUAAAACACAAGUUUCACCUCAACGUGAGGAAGAAGUUCUUUCCAUGGAGGGUGGCAGAGCACUGGAACAGCUGCCCAGGAAGGGUGUUUCUGGUCUCUGGAGUCUCUGGAGACAGGAGUUGUCCUGUGCAUUUGUUGGCACCAGCUGCAGUGGUGCCUCUUCAUCAAGGACGAUACGUGACAGGGGUGUGCCCCACGUGGGUCCAGAACUCUAAUAAAUACAUUUCCUCCCCCAUCUUGAAAAGCUGUUGGGUGUUCCUUGCUGUAAAUCUCACUGCCAGAGCCUUGGGCUGCCAAGAGCAGAAGCUGACUGCACGAUGCUGAGCUCGGGUCUUCCCCCUGUUUUCCUGGUGCUCACAGUGCUGGAGCUGAGCUGGUCCCUGAGUGAGGAAGAAAAGAAGAUAAUCCUGGAUGAGCAUAACAGAUACCGCUCCCAGGUCUCUCCUCCUGCCAGGGCUAUGAUGAAGUUGACCUGGGACAUGGAGCUGGAGGCUGAUGCUCAAUCCCAUGCAGAGAAGUGCAUCUGGGAGCACGAGGAGAGUGGCAGACACAAGGAAAACCUCUUUGCCAUGGCCCCAAUGCUGGAACUAGAAUUUGCUGUGGAAGACUGGAACGGGGAGGAGAAAUUCUACAACUUGACAACAUCCACGUGUGUCCCUGGGCAGAUGUGUGGCCACUACACCCAGGUGGUCUGGUCAGACACAAAACAGAUCGGCUGCGGGGCAAAGUUCUGUGAGAAGAUCGAAGGAAUCGAAACAGAGAACAUGCACCUGCUGGUUUGCAACUAUUAUCCUGCGGGUAAUGUGAAAGGGAAAAAGCCCUACUGGGAAGGACCCCCGUGCUCAGUGUGUCCCGAGGGCACAGUCUGUGUGAACAACCUGUGUGCAGGUGCCCUGGACACUGAUGAAAUGGAGACAGACACUGAAGAAGUGGAGACAAACUCGGAACAGACGAACGUGGAUCAGCCCAUGUCUGGAACCCCCAGUACCUGCUCAGGGCUUUCACUCUUCCUCCUCCCCAGUGCCAUCCUGGUGGGCCUUCUGCUUUGAAUGGUCUUUCUCAGCUCUCCCUGCUCCAGUCACCAAGGCUUUCUUCAGCACUGGUUGUUCCACAACCCUGCUGGGCUCAGGAGACCCCUCAGACAGUUCAGGCUGACACCUCCCUUCUUAUGCUGCCACAGGCAGUGGCAGCCCCGUGGGAACUUGGUCCCCUUCCUGAGGAAAGCCAAGGGCAGGAGGGUGUCUGCCAUAAGACUGGUGACCUUGGACACUUCUCCUUUCUUCCUGGCCAGCCUGGGCUUCUGUUCCAUUUGCAAGGUGGGAGAGGUGAGCUGUCCCCCAGCCGUGUGGCCGGCAGGCCCCGCCGCACCGUGUCCCAGGGACAGCAGGACCCAAGCGGCAAAAAGAGACGUGGUGGUUGGCUUUGGUGUUUGUAGAUGAAACAUGGUGGUUGGGUUUGGUGUUUUCUGCUGUUUGUCAGGAUGAGCCUCCAGCAAAAAUGCUCUUUUCUCUUCCUGAUGUGUCUGUUUGUCUCAGAUUUGGGCAAGUUUCAUCUCUUUCCCCUGUUGUCCAAAGAGAGGAUUUUUUAUUUUCCCGUUUCCCUCCUGGUUCUGGUGUAGUUUUGGCCAGAUAUUCUCCCUGCUGCUCCUCACAUCCCUGCAGCCCUUGCCUCCUCCCUCUCUCCUGUCUCUGCCCCAUGUUCCAUUCCUCAGUUAUUGCCAUUAUCCGUUGCCACAGCUUUAUUUUACGCCUGUGCCUUCACCUUUGUGCACGCACAGAAGAGAAACCUUGAGCCCUGAGAGGAGCCACCAUCUCCUUCAUACAGCUUUCCCUUGCAUGGCUUCUUUCUUUACAUAAUUUCUGUGUAUUUGAAUUUAGGUACAGAUUCCCCUUGACAUAUAAUCUGUGUGUGGUGGAACCUGGUCCAGGAGAAAAAAGUCACCACACGAGUCGGUACAAUGUGAGCUCAAGAGAGCCAAGUGAUGAUGUUACAGGUCAUUAGCGGCUCCAGGACUUGUUGCAGAACCACUGUCAUUAUCUGAGACACUGUGUUUUGUUACCCCACAUCUCCCUUCACCUGAGGAUUCCCAGUCAGGUGUGUUAAAUAUGUGACAAGCUUUCCAGACUGGUGGGAGGAAGAUAACUGGAAGAUACAGUCCCUUCUCUGGUGAUUGCAUCCUUUGAUUUCUUACACAGGUGAGGUGGAGGAUGACCUGAAGGCCAUUGUUCAUAUCCUCCCACCUGCUGCUCUGUCCUGUGCACUGAAUAAAUCCUUUUGUUAAAGUCUG